AGUCUGUAAGAGCUGGAGAAACACACACACACACACAUCAUUAUCAUCAUCAUGGACUGCGGAUGUGAUUGUGCAGAUUUUGCGCAGCCGAAUGCGAUCCUGUUUAAUAUUCUCAGCCGUGGAGAGUUCAGCUAUAAGCGUGUUCCUCAGACGUGUCACUGUGAGAAGCGCAGACGAGUGUGUUUGCAGACGCCGAGUGAGACGUGUGCGCUGGCGUCAGACGUGCUGGUGAAGACGGUGUAUUUCAUGAAGAAUCUGCCGGCGUUUCAGCAGCUGCCGCCCAAAGACCAGCUGAAGCUCCUGCAGAACUGCUGGACGCCGCUCUUCAUCCUCGGCCUGGCGCAGGACAGGGUGCACUUCCAGGUGGACGAGAGCGCGGCUCCCAGCAUGCUGAAGCGGAUCCUGCUGAGCGGGCAGGAGAGCGCAGGUGCGGACUCUGAACAGCCCACACUGGCUGGAGUGCAGACGCUCAAAUCCUGCAUCAACAAGUUCUGGAGUCUGGAUCUGAGCCCCAAGGAGUACGCCUACCUGAAGGGCACGGUCAUAUUCAAUCCAGAUGUGCCGGAUCUGAAGGCGUCUCUGUUUGUGGAAGGUCUUCAGUAUGAGGCUCAGCAGGCCCUGAAGGAGGUUCUGGUUCCUCUUUAUCCCCAGGAUGGAGGACGUUUUGCUCGAAUCCUCCUCACUGCAUCCACAUUAAAAAGCAUCACGCCGAGUCUGAUCACAGAGUUGUUCUUUCGGCCCGUCAUCGGAGAUGCUCAAAUCCUGGAUCUGCUCGCAGACAUGCUCUUCAGCCGAUAGACAGCCGAGAGCCGUGCUGCAAGGUUAUUAUAGUCUACCUUUUUAAAAUUAGAUUUCUUUUAUUUUUAUUUUGAAGUGCUUAUAUUUGAUCCCUUUUACAAGAUGUAAGAUCAGCCUGUCUUCAGAAUGUGCUUUCAGCUCAAAAUACCCAUCAGAUCAUUUAAUACACCAUGCAGAAGAUGUGAAUUCUGGGGUCAGAGGAAAGUGUAGCUGUUUAUGUAGCCUGUGCCUUUAAAUGCAAAUGAGCUUCUCCCCCGCAACAAAAUCUGAUUGGAUGUGAUUGAGAUUAACUUUGAUCACAUUAAUGCAUCUCUGCUAAAUGGAUAUGAUUUUGAUCUUGUGCUAUAUGCAAAUGUAACUAGGUUACAUCAACUAAAGCAUCAGAUACACAGCAUUUGAAUUAUUUAAUAUUAUUAUUGACAGAAGCGUGAGCUAUAAAUGCAUAAAAAAAUGCAUGAAGUGACCAGGUGAGAGCAGCCCCUUAGUGAAACAAAUCAAAUCAUAUUUUAAACAAACACUAAACACUAAAUCUUAAUGUGUAAAAGUAAAAUCUAUGAGGAAAUCAGACAAACUUGUUUAUAAAAGACACGUAUAUGCAGGUAAACAUGCUUAGUUUGUCAUGUUUGUCAGAUGAAGAAAAGAUAGAUCAGAUGUUUUUCUGUUUUUUGUUUAUAAUGCUGAUCUUCACUGAUGUGUUUGGCGCCAUCUACUGGUGAUUCUCUAAACAGCAUAGAACAUUCAUUCAUUUUCUUGUCGGCUUAGUCCCUUUAUUAAGGCUGAUUUAUACUUGUGCAUCAUGCGCAUGCGAAUGCUACAGCGCAGCCUACACAUAGAUGCAUAGCCCUCGUCUUGGCUGUCGGCGUCGCUGACGUGCACGUAUUAAGCUGUCAUUAGAGUUUGUCACAUUAGAGUUUGUGUGUGCACAAUUCUGUUGUGCGGCGCUGCGAAAAAGGGCGGGACUAAACAAGCUUAUUAGACAUUAAGAAAAGCAAGCGAUUGCACAAAUUUCUGUCCAGAGAGGUCAUGUUUUUAUCCUCGAUUGGUCGCACAUAGUCAAGUGAUGCGAUUUCGCAAGUCAGAGUUCACCAAGCUUGAACUUCGCACCGCAGCAACCUGCGAAAACGUGACGCAUGACCCUGCGUUUGCGGUCUGACGCACUCGCGUGCAUAUGAAUAGAAGUCUAUGCGAGGAAAAGCCCAGUGUGACCGCAGCUUUAAAAAAUGUAACUAUGUUGCAACAACACGUAAUGCAAGCUCUUUGAUUGGUCAGCUUGGAAGCACUGAUGAGUGUGGGCGGGGCCGAGAGCUACAUGAGUGUUUACAAGUGUCGACUGUUUACAAGGAGACUGUUGCUUUGUGUUUACCUUAUGGUUAAGGUUGUUGCACGUCUGAGUUUGAGAGAGUUUGAACCACUUGCACAUUAAGGAAGAGUUUAGAAAAAAAAAAAAACCCCAGAGAAGAAACUCAACACAGAGGAACAUUAACACCUCACUGCCAACUAGUGUUUCGGAAGUUUAUUGCAAAGCAACAGAAACAGCGCGCAGAAGUCUGAAUGCAGCUACGCACGUUACAUGCGCCGCGGGUCACGACGAUCACUUGAUGCAGAAGUAUAAACCAGGCUUAAAUCUGGGGUCGCCACAGCGGAAUGAACCGCCAAAUUAUCCAGCAUAUGUUUUACACAGGGGAUGCCCUUCCAGCUGCAACCCAAACACCAUAACAGUGAGUGCUUAUUCAUUCUGAAAGUGAUCAUUAAGUUUUGCUGAUUAUUGUUUUAUUUCUGUUAGUUCUUCAGUAGUUUUUCAUUCAUUGCAUUUUUUUUAAAUUCAUUUUACAAAAUGUUUUUUUUUUGCCCAAUAGUUUGUUUAAGUUUUUGUUUACUACAAUAACCUUGCCGCGGACUCAAAGAUGUCUUAAAUAUGGAGAUUUGUCUUCAGAAACACGAUAAAUCCACACUACAUCAGGACUGAUCUGAACAGUUACAGACUCUUUAUUGUUUACACACGUUCAUGAAACUGAUGCAGCGUUGUAAUGCUGUUUAGGUCACAAAGAUGUGAUUCAUGUCUGAGUAUUGAUUGUUUCUUUGCCUUUUGUUGGAUGUAAAGUUGUCAUUUUUUAUACUGGAUGUGAAAAUGCAAAGUAUUCCUUGAUAAAAGGCAGCAAGCGGAGCUUCACGUAUCGUCUCUGUGAGAAAGCCAGAAUGUAUUUGAGGAAGAAAAAACAUUUGUAUGUUCAUGAAUAUGCUGCAAUAAAUUUAUUUUUACAGA